AUGGCAUGUGAUUUAAAUCCUAGUAAAGUUAAUAGAUUUUUUGGUUGGAUUAUUCCGCCUUUUUUGAUUUGCGUUAUGGGCUUCACUACAUGGGUUUAUAUUGUAUUAAUAUGCAUAAACUAUUUGAUAAUGCAUGGUAGAACCAUAGGAAUUACACUUCUCGUUAUUUUUUCUAUACUUUUGUGUAUGGUUACAUUGUCUUUUACACGUAUUAUUUUUACACCGCCUGGUUAUGUUCCAAGGUUUAAGGACUUAAAAUUGUCUUCAUCAAAUGAUGUCGGGUUAAGAACUCAUAUAGUGAAUCAAAUGAAGACAUUUUGUCUAUACGAUGCUUAUGUCUGUGAAAAUGAUGGAUUCCCAAGAUGGUGUGCCGUAUGUGAGGUAUACAAGCCAGAUCGUGCCCAUCAUUGUAGUGAAGUGCAACGUUGUGUUUUAAAGCUGGAUCAUUUUUGUCCAUGGGUUGGUGGCGUUAUUGGUUUUACUCGAUAUAAGUUUUUUGUUUUGUUUAUAUUUUAUGUUACACUUAUUUGUAUUUUUGUUAUAUGUUCAUGUGCACCUUUGACAGGUGAAUAUCGUAAAAUGAAUGGCCGUGUUCCUGGGCCAUGGAUAGGGAUUCUUGCAUUAGCAUCUUUUUUUACAUUGUUUUUGGGCCCUUUUACUAGUAUUCAUAUUUUUUAUAUAUUACGUAAUUCAACUACUAUAGAAUCGAUUAAUUUUUAUGCCAGAAUUUAUCUUCUCAACGUCUUAUAUGAAACUGAAAAGUCUGGUGUUAAAAGAGCAAAUGUUACUACUAAGCCUGGUUACCAUCCAUGGGAUUUAGGUUGGAAAAUGAAUUGGCGUUCUGUUAUGGGUAAACAUUGGUGGGAUUGGUUUUUUCCAUUUACUGGAAGUCCAGGUAGUGGUUAUCAUUUUGAUUAUAAUUCGGAAUUACUCGAUGAAUUAAAGAUAAUGGCAAAACAAUCUAAAGUAGUAUCUAAAUAUUUAUCUUCUGAUAAAAGCGUUACAACUUUGAAUUUACAAUCAGAAUGUUCUGGUGUUAAUUCUCAAUAUGGAUUUUGUACUGAUGGGGUACUUACUUCUUCUACAAAUUCUUAA